UCGGCUUGGACCAGCCAUAACAUUUCGCGAUCCUCACGCAUCGUCCCGCUUUCCGUUGCUGCUGCGGGUGAUAGCUGCUGGUCGUUGUGGGCCGGCCGUCACGAUCUCCUCGUUUACUCCCCUUUGUUUUGUCUGAUCCAUCUCUCUCUCUCCCUGUUCUACUUCCUGCUGGGGCCUUUACGUAUCUCCUCUCUCUUAUGCCCCGCCGGUCCUAAGCGCCAGCGCUACGCCCAGAUCUAGACGGUCCUCCUCAGUGCACGACCACCUCGAGCUGAAUCCCGCUGCUGAUAGCCUUCCGAACUCUUACAUUGAGUCCGGUCAGCAAUUGACAACAUUAAAUUUCAUUCAGUCGUGUCGUUUCCUGCAGAGGUGCUGCAAAGCAAAGCAACCCGGUCCACCAUGUCGCUAUCCCCAGAAGCCCGCGAUCAAUACAUUCCGAUCAUUGAUUCAAUUCUGGCCAAAAGCGAUUUGACUACCAUCUCCUCAAAAACUAUUCGCAACGGCCUUCAGGAUGAGAUCGGCUAUGAUCUUACCCCGCAUAAGCUUGCCAUCAAGCAGCUUAUCAUGGAGCGCUUCGACGUCUGUGCGGCACAGAAGGGCAUUCAAACCGCAUCGGAGACACCAGCGACAUCUGCUUCCACCAAUGGCCAUGGGAAAGACCACGACUCGGUGACUCCUGUUGAGCCGUCCUCUCCGGCUCAAUCUUCCAUGUCGCAGAAACGCCAAGCGGAGAGUGAAGAGCGCUCGGACACUUCAAGCAAGACCCCUCCUAUCAAGAAGAAGAAGCCCGACAAUGAUAUCGAUGCGGAUGCCUUGUUCGCAGCCAAACUCCAGGCCGAGGAAAACAUGCGUGCGCGCCAAACCCGCGGAGCCAGUACACGCAGAAGCCAGCCCGUGAAGAAGAAGCAGCCUACCAAAGCGAAGACGUCCAAGAAAGUGAAGGCUGAGGAUGAUUCGGAACUGGAAUCGGGCUCGGACUCAGGAAAGAAGGUCAACAGAUCUGGCGGGUUUCACAAACCCCUGAAUCUUUCCCCAGCGCUUUCGGCUUUGUUGGACGGCGAGGUGACGCUCUCGCGACCGCAGACAGUGAAGCGGCUUUGGCAAUACAUCCACGAGCAUGAUCUUCAGGAUCCCAAUGACCGGCGACAAAUUCGCUGUGACGACGCGAUGCGUGCCGUGUUCAAGCAAGAUCGCAUACACAUGUUCACGAUGACUAAAAUCCUCAGCCAGAACUUGUAUAGUCCCGAUGAAUAAUCUUUGGUAUCUAGACGCGAACUCUUGCCUUCCGGACAAGGCAAUCGCAGCGACCAAGUCGUUGCCUUAACGAUUCCCCGACUUUUGCUUACUACACAGCAUUUGGAACCCAGGCGCUAACUCUCUUUCAUUUUGCUCCAAGACUUUAUUAUUUGCUUCUCAUAUUGAUAUUUUUCGCACUUGUUGCUACGCUCAUUGGCGAAUGAUUGCCUUAUCUUUCCUUGUGUUGACCUGCUUUUCUCUCCAGCGGGAGUUGGUGCUGCCUUGUGGACAGGCGCGAUGGAUGUUGCUACCUAGAGAUCGUAUUCGCUUAUUGAUUUGGCUACGUACAUCGCAUCGCGUCAUUGCAUGAUACAUUCUCAGUUAUCGCACGAGCAGCCAGUACAGUUGUAGCCGAAGGGGCUAGUAAUAUGCAUGCAUCCCAUGGCUAAGCCACACAUAUGAUCUGCCUUGUAGUUGCAUGAGCGAUAAUGAG